AUGCUGACGAUAAGUGUCCAGGUUUUUACGUAUACAAUCGUACUCGCGGUCUAUCGCUUGUAUUUCCACCCCCUAUCAAUAUUCCCUGGCCCUAAAAUCAAUGCAUUAUCAUCUAUACCAGCUAUACGGGCAUUGCUCCGGGGCCGCCUUCCCAUGGAGAACAAGGUGCUUCACGAUAUCUACGGUAGUGUUGUGAGAGUUUCUCCGAAUGAAUUGUCUUUCAACACAGCGGGAGCCUGGGAUGACAUCUACGGUCAUCGUCCAGGCCAUAAAAAUAUGCAUAAAAGCAGCAUUCAUGUUGGAGCCAUUGACCCACUUCCAAAUGCAAGCACCCUUACCAUGGCUGAUGACGAAACUCAUGCACGUCAACGGCGUGCACUAUCGCACGCGUUCAGCCAACAGGCAUUGGCGGAGCAGGAAGGUAUUCUGCUAGUUUAUGUCAACAUGUUUAUCAAUAAACUUGGUGAUAUGUGUGAUAAAGAACAGUCCUUCAAUUUAGUCAAUUGGUACAACUUCACAACUUUUGAUAUCAUAGGAGACUUAGCAUUUGGAGAACCCUUCGGAUGCCUCGAAAAAGGAAAAUUCCAUGAGUGGGUUGCGCUCAUUUAUGAGACUGUCAAAGCCGGUGCAAUGGAACAGGCUACUCGUCGCUUCGCCGAACCUGGCUCUACUAUUCAAGACUUGCUUGUGAAUCUCAUUCCUAAGGACAAGAAGCAAAAGCGACGCGACCAUUUGGCGUGGAGCCAGAACAAGGUUUUGAGACGUCUGGAGAACUCCAAGCUUCAGCAUAAGGAUUUCAUAUGGUAUAUUCUAGAUCAACAAAAGCGAGGAUCUAUUUCCCAAAAUGAAGUUAUAGUCAAUGGCGCGCUCUUCAUUGUUGCAGGAAGUGAAACCACAGCAAAUGAACUAUCAGGAUUGACUGCUCGCUUGCUAAAGAACCCUCGAGUUUACAAGAAGCUAACUGAAGAAAUCCGCGGCAACUUUAGAAAUGAAAAUGAAAUGACAGACAGCAACUUGGCGAAGCUGCCAUACCUAUCAGCUUGUCUCUCGGAGGGCCUCAGGAUUCACCCUCCCCUUCCUACUGCUCUAAUGAGAACUGUCCCUCAGCAAGGUGACACUAUCGACGGCCAUUGGGUUCCUGGUGGUACUCACGUCGGCGUUUGUGCAUGGGCUGCUACACAUAGCUUUGAAAAUUUCAAGAAUGCAGACGAAUUUAUUCCUGAACGCUGGAUCGACGCAGAAUAUGACGGGGAUGCGAAGAGAGCUAGUCAGCCGUUCUCAACCGGGCCAAGAGGCUGUAUUGGUCGACAUCUUUCUUACAUGGAAAUGCGCCUGAUUCUUGGACGACUUCUCUGGCACUUUGACCUAGUGUCUGCGGACGGAUCACCUCAAUGGUCGCCCGAAGGAGAAAUGAAGUAUAUGAAAGCUUACAACACUUGGGAGAAGCCAGACUUGAACGUAGUCCUGAAACGGGUUCAGAGGUAG